UACAGUGUCGUCACUGUCGUGUAGUUAGGCUUCGCGCUUCCUCAAAGCAUCAGAACGAAAUCAGAGUUUCCACAACUCGCGAAUCUUUUCUGAUUGAAGGGCACCCGCCAUGAGUGGACUUGUUGAGAGUAGUUGUGUUGUUGAGAGUAGUAUACUUGGAAAGCUUAGCUGUGUUGUUGUCGCCGUAGAUGGUAGUGAAGAGAGUAUGAAUGCCUUGAAAUGGGCACUCGACAACCUGAAGCUUAAAUCUCAGGAAGACGACUCUGAACCUGGCACCUAUGUGAUCCUACAUGUUCAAUCUCCUCCCACCAUUGCGGCUGGCCUCAACCCCGGUGCUAUCCCUUUUGGUGGCCCUACUAAUCUGGAAGUGCCUGCGUUCACCCAAGCUAUUGAGGCGCAUCAGCGACGCAUCACCGAGGCGGUCUUGGCUCAUGCUUUGAAGAUUUGCUCCGAGACGAAGGUUAGCGUGAAGACACAAGUGGUUGUUGGUGAUUCGAAGGAGAUGAUUUGUGAGGUUGUCAAGAACUUGCACGCUGACCUACUUGUGAUGGGGUCCCGCUCUUUUGGCCCUAUUAAAAGGAUGUUUUUGGGUAGUGUAAGCAACUAUUGUACAAACCAUGCACAGUGCUCUGUCAUUGUAGUUAAGGGUUCUUCUGCUGUAUCUUGACAAGCUUCUUAGAAUCUAUUCUUCGAAGUGUUGAGCAGCUACUGUCUUGUCAUCAUGUUAAAGAAUGAGUUUUUGACCAGCUGGUGGAUGGUGCUGUCACUCCCAUCUUUACAAUGUCACAUGACUGGUUCUUGAGGGAUUGUAAAGCAAUUGAAGUUUUUCCUAGUUUGUGCUAUGUUGUGUUGUAUUGGCAUGUGUUGGUGAAGUUUGUUCAAAUCUUGUGAAGGUUGUAAACUUUCUUUGGCUCUGGGUCUGGCUGUGUAGACAUGUGAGGUUGAGUUUUUCCAAUCAUUGGUAUUGCUCAAGCCCCUUGGCUUGCCUUUGUAAUCAAGUGUAAUAACUCCUUAAUUUUGUUAUUAGUUAUGGAUUUGCCAAUGGUUUAUGAAUAA